AUGAAUUCCUCCUCGUGUGAUAGAUCUUUUGGCCCAUAUGCAGACGGCUGUAGAGGUGGCUUUGACUUCACGUUGUUGUUUGAAGAAUCUAUACUUGUUGUGCCGAUCACCGCCCUGCUGCUCCUGGCAGCCCCAUUCCGAGUAUCCUACCUCCUGCGCAAAAAUAGCGUCAAAGUUGAAGAUAGUUACUGGCUGUAUUGCAAGAUUAUCUUGUGUUUGCUCCUAUUGGCAUCUCAGAUCGCUUUUCUCAUCUGCUGGACUCAGUCUCCAGCUGUUACUACCAAAGCUUCUCUGCCAGCUGCCGCCUUAUCAAUUGUUGCAUCAAUCAGCUUGUUAGGUCUGUCCUAUGUCGAGCAUGUUUAUUCGUAUCGACCUUCGACUGUUCUCAACCUGUUUUUGCUUUUCUCUGUUCUUUUCGAUGCUACCCGAACGAGGACACUUUGGCUGCAAGGCUACAAUCGGCCUGCAGCCAUCACUGCCCUUAUUUCAACGGUAGUAAAGAUCAUGAUGCUAUCAGUGGAAGCUAUCGAGAAACGUGACUUCUUACGUCCAGAGUACCGUGAACUGCCUUCAGAAGUGACAAGUGGCGUAUUCUCACAUUGGCUCUUUUCUUGGCAGCUCCCUCUCUUCCGCGUUGGCUAUUCUCACGACCUGAAAAUUGAAAGCCUAUUCCCUCUGGAGAAGCAUUUCAAGUCUUCUUAUCUUCAGAAUAUGCUUCAAACAACGUGGGCUACAGCACCCAAGAAAGGAGAUUAUGAUUUAUUGUUGACUGUUUUCAAAACCCUGAAAUGGCCUAUCUUGUCGAUCAUCUUCCCACGCCUGUGUUUUAUAGGCUUUACUUUCUGUCAGCCGUUUCUCAUCUCGGCAACGUUGUCGUGGGCUGAGAAAGAUCCUAAUUCUGAUGAUACGAGCCAGGGCUACGGCCUUAUAGGGGCCUGGUUUCUUGUUUUUGUUGGUUUAGCUGUGACAACGGGCCAGUACCAGCACUUGACUGUCCGCGCCACUACCAUGGCACGUGGCCAGCUCAUCUCGAUACUUUAUGACAAGGCUACAGAUCUCAGCAUCACAGCUGCCAACCCUACGGCAGCCCUAACUUUGAUGAGCGCUGACAUUGAGAGGAUUGAUACGGGAUGGCGAACGGCUCAUGAUGUAUGGGCAAACUUGAUUGAGAUUGUCAUUGCAGUCUAUCUGUUAGGUCGCCAGCUUGGACUAGCGUGUCUCAUACCUGUUGGAGCAGCUAUUUUUUCCAUCGUCGGAUCCGUCAUUGCCGUCAGCUUCGUCAUGGCUCGUCAGGCCAUAUGGCUUGAGGCUAUUGAGAGGAGGAUCUCCGUGACGUCUCAGAUGCUAGGAAGCAUGAAGGGCGUCAAGAUGUGCGGACUGUCUCGAGUACUAGAAACACGCAUCCAAGCCAUGCGGGAGGAAGAAAUGCACAUUUCAGGCAAAUUCCGUCGGCUUUUGAUAUGGAAUAUGGUAUUGGCUUACCUCGCUCCCAUCUUCGCCCCCAUUUUGAGCUUUAUGACCUAUAGUCUUCUAGCUCAAUCUCAGGGAGGAAAAGGAAAUCUGGACACGAACCGUAUGUUCACAUCCUUGUCACUAUUCGCGCUCCUGCAAGAGCCUCUGGCUUCUUUCGUUACCUCACUGUCUUCUUUCAUGGGGUCAGUUGGAAGUUUUGUCCGCAUCCAAUCUUUUCUAAACACAGACGCCUACGUAGAUGAUAGGAUAGUGCAGGAUGCCGGUACGAUUGAGAACGCCUUAGUCUCUGAGAUUUCAAGCAGCGAAGAAAAGCGCUCCGUCUCUCCAAUCCAAGAGUCCAAGAUUAUGGAGACUGAACCGCUAAAGGAUUCGCCGGAUGGUAACGCAUUCAUCAUCAGGAAUGCCUCUUUUGGAUACGACAAGAAUGAAAAACCAACCCUUAGCAACAUUGACGCUGUGAUCCCCUCGGGCAAACUCACGCUUAUUGUUGGGCCGGUUGGGAGCGGCAAGUCGACUCUUCUUAAGGCAUUGCUCGGGGAGGUCGGAAUCAUGCAAGGAUCUAUACAUGUAUCAAACUCCAAGGUUGCCUACUGCGACCAAACCCCUUGGCAUAUGAAUGGCACAGUCCGAGAUAGUAUUAUCGCCUUCUCUCACCCGGACGAGCGAUGGUACCAGAAAGUAUUGGAAGCUUGUGCCCUGAAGCAAGACCUGACUCAAUUACCGCGGGGAGAUCUCAGUACUAUAGGAAGCAAGGGAAUCGUCCUCAGUGGAGGCCAGAGCCAACGAGUCAGUCUAGCGAGAGCAGUGUACGCCCAGAUGUCCACCAUUAUUCUUGAUGAUGUUUUCAGUGGCCUAGAUGCUCAUACCGAGAAUACCGUCUUCAACAAUCUUCUCGGGAGUCAUGGUAUCCUUCGAGACUUGAACACAACCGUUAUCAUUGUCUCUUCUCGUGUCAACCGCCUCCCCUAUGCAGAUCACAUCAUUUGCCUUGAUGGUACUGGAACAGGCUGUGUCCAAGGGACUUUUGAUGAGUUGGACAAGUUGGACAACUACGUAUCUGGCUCCGCCGCGUCUACAACUGGUACACAGUCCAAAGUACCUAGUUCUGGUCCUGAUUCUACGCUUUCUCCUGUUCCUGAGUCCUCAGCUGCCGUAUUGGCAGAGCUAGACAUGGAACUCACUGAGGGCAAACAAGACGGUGCAAAUCGUCGCAGCGGAGAUGUGGCAAUUUACAUGUACUACAUGCAUGCUAUCGGCUGGAUCCCGACUUUGAUUUUUGUGCUGGCCAUUUGUGCCUACAUAUUCUGCCAGUCUUUCCCUACUAUCUGGCUCAACUGGUGGGCUGCCGCCAAUGCGAAAGAACCGUUUACACGACUUGGUUACUACCUGGGGAUCUACGCGAUGCUAGGCGCAUUAUCUAUCAUUUUCUUGGUACUGAGCACCUGGCAAAUGAUUGUCACCAUGGUACCACUGUCGGGUAACAACUUCCACCAGAGUCUACUCAAGACAGUUCUUAAUGCGCCUAUGUCCUUUUUCGCAACCACUGACACUGGUACCACCAUCAACCGCUUCAGUCAAGAUCUUCAGCUCAUUGACAUGGACUUACCCCUCUCAGCCCUCAAUACGUUUGCCACAUUCGUUCUUUGCAUUGCCGAGAUGAUCUUGAUCGCGGUUGGAUCGUACUAUACUGCCAUUGCGUUCCCCUUUCUCCUUGCGACGCUUUGGGUGGUUCAGCAUACAUACCUAAGAACGUCUCGCCAGCUCCGAUUCAUGGAUCUGGAAGCAAAAAGUCCUCUCUACGCCCUCUUCACCGAGACUGUUACUGGACUAGCCACGCUGCGCGCCUUUGGUUGGCGCGAUGCUCUUGAGAAAAAGCACCAUGGGCUCCUGGACCGGUCGCAGAAGCCCUUCUACCUCCUCUAUGCAGUUCAGCGGUGGCUUACUCUUGUUCUUGAUAUGAUUGUCACUAUCAUCGCUGUCUUGGUAGUGGUCCUUGUCACACAACUGCGAGGUGUACUGUCAACUGGAUUGAUCGGCGUAGCUCUCGUCAAUAUCAUCCAAUUCAGUCAGCACCUCAAGCUGUUGCUGACUUUUUGGACAACCUUGGAGACGCACAUUGGUGCAAUUUCUAGGAUCAAGUCUUUUACAUCUGACACUGCUUCUGAGCAUGAGCCGCAGGAAAAAGAGCAGCCGCCGUCGGUCUGGCCGUCUAAAGGAACAAUCAUGUUUGAUCAAGUAUCGGCAGGAUACAAGGAGUCCGAAGAUGUCCUCAAGAAUAUAACUCUGACCAUUGAAUCCGGGCAAAAGAUUGGAAUUUGUGGAAGGACUGGAAGUGGCAAGAGUUCUAUGGUUUCAUGCCUUUUUCGCAUGAUAGACCUUCAUGGUGGUCGCAUCAUGGUAGACGGCCUCGAUAUCAGCACGAUUCCUCGCGAAGAGAUUCGUACCAGACUUGUUGGCGUGCCCCAGGACGCAUUCCUCAUUGAUGGGAGUAGUGUGAGGUUGAAUGCUGACCCUGCUGGGGGACUAACGGAUGCUGCAAUUGAAGAUGCGUUGAAAGCGGUCGAGUUGUGGGAUAUUGUGACCGAUGGUGGCGGCCUCGAAGUGUCGAUUGAAGACCUUCAUCUGUCGCAUGGUCAAAAGCAGUUGUUUUGCAUCGGACGCGCUAUUCUACGACCAUCGCCCAUUGUGGUUCUUGACGAAGCAACAAGCAGUGUUGACUCGCGUGUCGAUGAGCUUGUCCAGCGUCUGGUGCGUGAGCGGUUCAAUAAUCGCACAGUUAUCUCCAUCGUUCACAAGCUUCAGUCUGCACUUGAUGACUUUGACAUGGUGGUUGUUCUUGACGCGGGCAAGCUGCAAGAAUUCGGGCACCCCCAAGAGCUUUUGGCAAAGGGUCCCGAUGCCUCCGCGUUUGCAUCGAUGUAUCAGAGUGUUGCGACGGAAAAGAAGGAGGGCAAGCAGUAG